AUGGCUGCUUUCUCCUCAAUGUCUACGAUCAAAUACAGUGUCCGAUCCUUCAGCUUCCCUGCUCGAUCAUAUCCGAGCACGCUUCGAUUGCAAGAGGAGCUGAAUAAGUGUAGGUGUUGGCAUGGUGCUUCAUCAUCCAAUGCGAUCGAGGAUUUUCUGAAUGCCGAAACACUUUGCACCGGUCUAUUUGGCCUAGCAGAGUUGUACAUUUGCAUAGAGGAUCUUCUGAAUUUGCCCCUCACUCAACAAACUUUAGCUCAGCAUCCCAAUGAGGAAUGGGAGAACGCAAUUCUGGAUUGUUCGUUGAAACACUUGGAUCUGUGCGGUAACACCAGGGAUGCCGUUCUGUAG